AUGUACUCGCCAGAGGUCGCAGCUCGGACGAUGUUCCUUUGCAUCCCCGUGCGGCUGAGUGUGCUGGUGUCGGCCCUGGUGGUCACGCUGACUUCCCUGCUUUACGUUGUGGAUUACAGUCUCUUCAAGAGCCUCGGGCUGCGAAGCUUCGUGGGCGGCUUCGGCGUGGGCGGCAACAUCUGCACGUUGGUCGCAGAGUACUCCGGCUUUCUCUUCGGGUUGCUGGGGGUGCUGGGCUGCUGGUAUGGCCGCAGAGAUUGGGUGAAGUCCUACAACUUAUGGCUCUGGUUUCGGCUGCUUUGCUAUGCUGGCAUGUACUACUUUGACCUGCCGCUGAUUAUGCACUGCGAAAAUUUCGUCAACAGUUUGCAGCUGACCACCGAGGAGUACGGCUGGGGGCCCAAGAAACUUUGGAGUUCCUUCGAAGAGCCGAGUUCCCCUCUGAGCUCCCUGCCUCCGCUGCUGGUCAAGGGGGCGCUGACCAGCCUUUGCAUCGUGGGUUUCUGGGUCACCGUCAGGCUCAUGGAGGAGUUCGGGGACGUGCUCAAGCCCUUGAUCUUGGCCAUGAUGCUCACUGGCUGCCUGGAGAGGGCGGUGGAACUUUGCGAAACUGCGAUACUGAGGACAAUUAGCUUCUUCAUGUGCAUCCUGCUGUGCCGCUGCAACCUGCAUCCCUUGAAGAAGUGUCUUCGAAUGGGGCGGCGGCCGCAGCCACGCAAUGAAGGCGGGUACUAUGUCACCCUGGACCUACGGGAGGAAGAGAGUUGCAUCCCGGAGGAUGUGCUGCGCGAUAGCUACGAAGCGGGGUCCAAUUGCGGCGCGCGCUUGUUGGCCUUGGGCAUCGUGCUCUUUGUCUCGGGGCUUUGCCUCCUAGAGAUCUUCUCCGCGAUUUUGUCCUCCCUGCAGCAGGUGAAUGUGCAAACCUAUCAGAAAGGUUUCCAGCAGCUCGAAGAGAAGAUCUUGGGCCUGCUGCGGGACGCGAGCCCCCACUUCAAGGAGCAGCUCUCGAAGCAGCUGAACUCCGUGGAGAGCCAGUUUAUGUCGGUGGCCAUCAAUGUACUGAAUGGCGUUCUCAGCCGCACCACGAGCCUCUUCACACAGACGGUGAUGUUCCUGCUCUAUGUCUUGAUGUGGCUGCUAUCGCCGAUGACCAGUCAGAGCGGGCAGGCCGUCUUCUCCAUCGUGCGGACCUACUUUAUGUACAAAGCAUUCUGCAACACUGUCUUCGGCAACACGCGGGGAGUGCACAUGGGUGUCCAAAAAGUUGGGGACUGGAUGGCUUCAUGGCUAUGUGGUCUCGGAUGCGAUCUCGCCAUGGUGGUUGCUGUGAUGUGCUUCUUUCUGGGCUUCAUCCCGGAAGUGGGCUCUGUGAUCUCAGUCGUGGUGCCAGUGCCGAUUCUGCUCUUCGAUUCCAGAGUGAGCCUCGAGGUGCGUGCCACCAAUGUACUCACCAUGGCGGUGGGGAUGCUGCUGAUUAAGUUCAUGGUCUCCAACGGCCUGGAGAGUUACCUCAUGAGCAAGAGCCCCACUUUGGCGGGCCAGCGGGAGGGUGAGAACCAGCCCGCCUCAGAGACGCACCCUGUGAUUAUCCUCUUUGUGGUGAUUCUCUGCGGAGAAAUCUGGGGCAUUACAGGCAUGCUGAUCUCGGUGCCUUUGUUGGCCCUGAUACGGCUGCUGAUCAACCUGGAGAACACGCACCCAGGACGCGUCACCGCAGCUGCGGCGGCUUCUGCCAAGGCCGUGGUUCCUUCAGUGAACCCCACCCCCAGAAAGACCUCAGGGGCGUCAGCGUCUUACGUGAGCGAAGUGGCGCGCAACGAGAGCCUCAACGGCCGCCGCAACAGCAAGAUCGUCCAAGCUGGGCCGUGA